CAUCACUCAUUAGUCACUAGACUACUGCAAGAUCUACACUGAACUUGAAGCAAUUACAGAAGCAAUGGCGGCGAUUUCGUGUCACAGUGCAGUUCCAUCAAAUAAAAUCUCUCUCUCUUCCACUUCCUCUGCUUUUUCUUCUAACCUUCUCUCGCGUAACGCUCGAUUCUCUACUGUAACGGCGUCAACUCAGGCGUUUCGUGGCAGAAUCUUGUGCCAGACUUCUUCUGCUACUUCUUCCGUUAAUGGAAAAGCAAAAACAGGGCUCAAGGAUUUUGUUCACAUUAGCGAUUUUGACAAAGCCACUAUUAUGAAGAUCUUGGACAGAGCUUCAGAGGUCAAGGCAUUAUUAAAAUCUGGAGACAGGUCAUUCCUUCCAUUUAAAGGAAAGACGAUGGCAAUGAUCUUUGCAAAGCCUUCUAUGAGAACACGGGUUUCAUUUGAGACUGGGUUCUUCUUGCUUGGUGGCCAUGCUAUUUAUUUGGGACCUAAUGAUAUCCAGAUGGGCAAACGUGAAGAAACCCGUGAUGUAGCUCGUGUUUUGUCUAGCUAUAAUGAUAUCAUAAUGGCACGUGUUUUUGCCCAUCAGGAUAUUGUUGAUCUGGCUAAGUAUGCAACUGUACCUGUUAUUAAUGGCCUGACUGACUAUAAUCAUCCUUGCCAAAUAAUGGCUGAUGCCCUCACAAUAAUUGAACACAUCGGUCAGCUGGAAGGAACCAAGGUGGUAUAUGUUGGUGAUGGGAAUAACAUUGUCCAUUCAUGGUUGUUGCUGGCAUCUAUUAUUCCUUUCCACUUCAUUUGUGCCUGCCCUAAAGGCUUUGAACCAGAUGCUGAAACAGUCAAGAAAGCUCAGCAGGCGGGAAUUGGGAAGAUUGAGAUUACAAAUGACCCCAAGGAAGCUGUUAGAGGAGCUGAUGUUGUAUACUCAGAUGUCUGGGCAAGUAUGGGUCAAAAAGAAGAGGCCGCACACCGCCGUAAAGUAUUUCAAGGAUUUCAGGUUGACGAAGAUCUAAUGAAAUUAGCUGGUCCAAAAGCUUAUUUCAUGCACUGUUUACCAGCAGAGAGGGGUGUAGAGGUAACAGACGGCGUCAUCGAGGCUCCAAAUUCUAUCGUCUUCCCACAGGCAGAGAACCGUAUGCACGCACAGAAUGCUGUAAUGCUUCAUGUUCUUGGUCUGUGAUCCUACACCAGUAAUAUCUUAAUUGUGUAAUGUGCAGGCGCCAAUUUUAGAUUGUUAUAGUCGGCUAUUUCAUAACUUCAGUUUUGCAAUUUCAUUUUCAGCCGAAAUAGCUUUGUAAUUGUGUUGCUUGUUCCAUUCUGCUCCCAUUAGUUUUGUAAGGUAAGAACUCAAUGAUCGAACUCGAGCAUUACAACUGUGCUUCCUACUUUUAACAUAUGGAAUCAUCUGGCUUCUGGUUA